AUGGCCAGUCGACGAUCAAGAUCUCAUGCGGUUUCGUCUGCGGAGCCGGAAUCCAAGUCCACAUCACCGCCGCCCACUGACGCGCUGCUGCUGAGACGGCUACAGAACGCGCUGACGUUACCCAACUCGUUUCUCAAAACCAAUGGGAUCGAUCUUUCGGAAGAUGCACGUGUUUCUGUGAACGGGCUGGUGGAGCUCCAGAACGAGUUGCGGCAGAUUCGACAGAGGACCCGUGGCGUGCUGGAAAACCACAAGGCCGUGAUUCGGGCCAUCGACGAAACGGUGGGACGCCGGGAGCGAAAGGGAGGCAAGAGCGGAGGUAAGGGUGUCGGAAAGGGCAAGGGAAAAGGACCCAAGCAGAGCAGCAGCUCGUCGUCAACCUCGUCGAAAACAGCAGCAGCAGCUUCUGGAGGGUCUUCUCAGACCGAGAAUAAGGACAUCAAAAUGGAAGAUGUGGACGAACUACCCGCGGAAAAGAAGAUUGAACCGGUCAAACUCAACAUUGAUAGCGAUCUAACCACGAUCCAAACCUCUCCCCCCGGAGAGGGCUCCCCCAAGGAGUAUGAAAAGAACCCAAAGUCCGAGUUUGUCGACUCCCAGACGCUGCCCCUGUCGGUGCUCAAGCUCUACGACGAAAAAACCAUCCCUUACACCGGAGAGGAGGCUCUUAAGCUGAAAUAUGGAGUCGCCUCUUACCCUACCACGGACCUAAAGGACCAGUUGGCCGGCCCAAUCCCGGACCAAGACUACACUCGGGCCAAGCCGCCCAACCAGGUACAGUUUUCGACCUUUGCGACUGCGAUCGAGCCCUACUUUCGACCCUUUUCCGAGGAAGACGUGUCCGUGCUCCUCCAACAGUCCAUCCCGCUUGGAGCCACGGGUGCUCCGCUUUACGCCACGGGCAAGGAUGCAGAGAUCUCACCGUACCUCGUGCCCCCUUUGGGUCCCCCCUACACCGACGCGUGGGCUGCUGAAGACGCCGAGGCAGGUAUUGCUGCUGGCAACGCAGCCUCAGCGUCCCGGUUCUCGCCGCCCCCAAAGACGGAGCUCGCGGAGAUUGAGCCCAAGGGCAAGAGCGAGGAUCUGGUGGACGACGCGCUGGAGAGCUCGGACAUUAGUUGCGGCCCUCUGGCGUCGCGUCUGCUGUCUGCGCUGCUCCCGGACCCCAACAAAAAGGAAAUUAAGGAGGAGCCUAAGGACGACGAGAACAGCGCGACCCCUGCCGCCGCAGUGUCGUCUUCGCCUCCACAAAGCCCGCUAAUCAACCCCAGCUGGAAGGUGGCGACAGCCAAGGGUGACUAUCUGACGCUGGAGCAGCGGCUCAAGCGCGAGUUUACGUACGUGGGAAUCAUGGACGUGAACAAAAAGAAGCAGGGCAAGCGGUUCUCCAAGCGCGACGACGAGAUGGACCUCAUGGACGAUCUUGACGACGACGAGAACAACGAGGACCUGGAAAUCGACUGGGUGCACGGCCGGGAGGACGACGAAAUCUGCCAGCAGAUGCGCGUGCUGCAGAAGAAGCUGCGCCAGGUGCACAAGACCAACCAGGCACGCAAACGUAUCCUACUGCCCAUCGUCAAGGAGCAGAUGGCGUACCAGGAAUUCCGGCAGAUUCUGGAGGACCUGGACAAGCAGGUGGACCAGGCCUACCUCAAGCGGAUCCGCAACCCCAAGUCGAAAAAGAAGAAGCAGCAGAACAACAAUGGCACCGCUGUACCUCAGGAGCGGCCCGGUCUUCGAGUGCUGCUGGACAAGCGAAACCGGUGGAUCGACAAGAUUGGGCCUGUGUUUUCGUCAUCUCCACACGACAUGAAACGAGUGCCGUCUGUGUCUGUGUUUAAGGAUCUUGAGGGCAGUGAUGAUGAGAGUGACGGAGGCGAGUUUGACGACUCCAUGUUUGUGCAGUAA